GAAAAAUCUGACAGCGGAGAGCUGCCGAAGAUGUGGAAUACGGUGGGACAGGGGCACCUCGCUGUCGCUAGCUUGAGGAGGAGAAGAGGGGUGGAAGGGAGAGGGAGAGAAUCGGAGGAGGGGAUGGUUCUCACCGGUGCCGCUCGUGCCUUUGGGCUUUGGCAGCUAGCGAGCGAGGCCGGGCGGUGUAGGAUGCUGGUGGAGCGAGUGAGGAGAAUUUUAUAAUUUGUAAAAGAUUUUUGAAAUUGUUUUUGUCUAUCAAAUGCCAGUCCCUAGAGAAGGUAUCCUAUAUAUAUAUACAUCAUCAAUCGAUCAUUCAAUUGGACUCAGCUGCAUCAUAUAUAUCGUUCUAGCUAGCUAGGUUAGCUAGGUUCAUUCCAUUUCCAUUUCAAUAUUGUUAGCAACAAUGGCUGCAGGCAGCGGCAGCGGCAGCAAUCCUAAGGACUACCAGGAUCCUCCUCCCGCGCCGCUAGUGGACACCGGCGAGCUAGGUAAGUGGUCACUGUAUCGCGCCGCCAUUGCGGAGUUCACAGCCACGCUGCUGUUGGUGUGCAUCAGUGUGAGCACCGUGAUCGGUGAGAAGCGGCAGUCGGGCGAGGGCGGCGCCGGCGUGCUUGGCAUUGCCUGGGCCUUUGGUGGCCUCAUCUUCGUGCUGGUGUACUGCACCGCUGGCAUCUCCGGGGGGCACAUGAACCCAGCCGUGACCUUCGCCAUGGUGCUCGCGCGAAGGGUGUCGCUGCCGCGAGCGGCGCUGUACACGAUGGCGCAGUGCGUGGGCGCCGUGUGCGGCGCAGGGCUCGCCAGGGCGAUGCACGGUGGCGGGCAGUACGCGCGGCACGGCGGAGGUGCCAACGAGCUGGCGGCGGGCUACUCGGCGGGGGCAGGGGUCGUGGCGGAGAUGGUGGGCACGUUCGUGCUGGUGUACACGGUGUUCUCGGCGACGGACCCGAAGCGGAAGGCCAGGGACUCUCACGUGCCGGUGCUGGCGCCGCUUCCCAUCGGGUUGGCGGUGCUGGUUGUGCACCUUGCCACCAUCCCCAUCACCGGCACUGGCAUCAACCCCGCCCGCAGCCUUGGCCCCGCCCUCGUCCUCGGCCUCGGCACCACCAAGGCCUGGUCCCACCUCUGGAUCUUCUGGGUGGGCCCCUUCGCCGGCGCCGCCGCCGCAAUGAUCUACCAUCACUACAUCCUCAGGGGCGCUGCCGCCAAGGCCUUCGCCUCCUCCUCCUACCGAUCACCCCAUUUUUAAUCCCAUGCACCCUUGCAAUAUAUUUUAUUAUUCUUCGAUCUACUGUUUUAAUUUGUUUUUUAUAAUUAUAUCCGUAAUUCAUCUGUACUGUCUGUACGUAAUCUAGCUACAUACAUAUAUGUAUGGUUGAUUUUUCAUAUUUGCAAUUCAAUUAUUCUAUAUUUUCCUACUUCAUCUUCAAAAA